AUGUUUUACGUAUUAGUACUGUGCCCGGUUUUACUCGCGUCUGCGGUACUGACGCUGACCAUCGAUUCUCAACUUGGAACAUCUGUGGAAGAUUGUUUUGACCGAAUAUCGAUCGGAGAGCAGUUACCACGUGAUGCCAUCUAUCGGAACGUCACGGAACUAACAACAGUUGAGUGUGAGCAAAUAUGUAAGCAAGAUAAACAGUGUCAAGCAUAUGUUUAUGGGGUUGGCGCUAAAGGGAAUGCUACGUGCGAAUUAAGCAACUUAAGCGAAAACGAAAUUAAAGAAAAGAAUCUAUUCCAAAAAAAUCCAGAUUACGACGUAUACGUACGAAGAUUUGAUUGCGAACAGUCACCCCCAACACCGAUCGAACAACCAUUUGAUAAUAGUAAUGAAAAUGGACCACAACACAAGCCAGUCAUCCGUCCAAAUAACGAUGAAGCCAAAAGACCAAUGGCUGAUGACCUUAAUCCUUAUGAAUCGAGUAGACCCCAACCUUCCUAUGCAUCAAAUACACCAUAUAGGCCAAGCUAUAAUCAAGGUAACAACGAAAGACCUGAUGAUUACGGAGCAUAUAAACCAGAAAAUGAUAGACCACCAAGUUAUGGAGAUCAUAAGCCUCAUGAAGCACCAUACAGACCGGAAAGACCAUACAGGAAUGCAAGUAGACCGGACCCUUACGACCAGCUCUAUUUUCAAGAUCCGCAUAAAAAACCACGUCCCGGUCUAUGGAGACCAGAUCCUUAUCAUCCUAUUCUACCUGGUGAUGAGAUUCAAGAUAUAUAUGGAUCAGAGCCCUCUAGGCCUCAACGUCCAGAUUAUAUAACAGAAAAACCUCAGUAUCAAUAUAUUAUAAGACCUAAUAGAAAACCAUAUACCAAACCAGAAGACCAAGGGUAUUACAAUCAUGCAAAGCCUGAAUAUGGUUCUGCACAUCUUAAUAGUCAUGCAGGACCCCCAGAAAGACCCUACAAGCCUACAAGGCCCAAUGAUAAACCCAGUUACAGUUAUACUGACCAGUACGCCAGUAAUUAUGGCACAUCACCAGAUAACUCCAUUUACUUAGAAAUAUAUGACCCACCACGACCAUAUAGACCUAGUAUAAAUGAAAGACCGUAUCAUGGAGCUGGAGGUUCUAGUCAAAAAUAUGGUCAAAAUUACGGAUACAACAGUUUUUCAAAUCAAGAUACGUAUUCUCAAAGUCAAUUACAAUACGGCUCUAAUUCUUGGAAUUAUGACAAUCAAAGGCCCCAAAAACCUAGUUACGGAAGUUUGUCCAAUCAAAAUGACGAUAUUGGCUACGGAUCCAGACCCACAUAUAAGCCGAAACCUUCAUAUAGUUCGCAUAGUCACCUGAGUCAAAGUUCUUAUAAUCAAGCGUUGUACGACGAAAUGUAUGCCAUCAAUCAACAGUACUAUAAUCAUGGUCAUGGAAGUGGUUAUGGCGCUCAAGUCUCAAGUACAUAUGGUGGGAGUCAAAGUCAAUACGCACAACAAGAAUCGCAUUCAAGCAGUCUAUAUGGAAAUUCCCAAGGUGGAUAUGGUACCCAGACAACUGACCAUAAUAAUAGACCGUCAAAUCAAUAUGGCCAAAACGGUAACAGAGAUCCACCUUCAAGUAAUUAUGGCGGACAAGCUAACCAUCAACAUGAAUCUACUUAUGGUGAUAAAACCCAGUUAACGAAUACCCAAAGCGGUUAUGGCAACCAAGGUACAAGUAAUUAUGGCAGUCAGUCUAACCAGUAUGGAUCAAAUCAAGAUUCACAAAGUGAUAAAUAUUCUACGACUCAAAGUGGUUAUGGCAAUCAAGGUACUAAUAAUUAUGGCAGUCAGUCUAACCAGUAUGGCUCAAAUCAAGAUUCACAAAGUAAUAAAUAUUCUACGACUCAAAGCGGUUAUGGCAACCAAGGUUCAAGUAAUUAUGGCAGUCAGUCUAACCAGUACGGCGCUAACGAAGAUUCACAGAGUAAUAAAUAUUCUACGACUCAAAGCGGUUAUGGCAACCAAGGUUCAAGUAAUUAUGGCAGUCAGUCUAACCAGUACGGCGCUAACGAAGAUUCACAGAGUAAUAAAUAUUCUACGACUCAAAGCGGUUAUGGCAACGAAGGAACAAAUAAUUAUGGCAGUCAGUCUAACAAGUAUGGAUCAAAUCAAGAUUCACAAAGUAAUAAAUAUUCUACUUCUCAAACUGGUUAUGGCAACCAAGAAAUUAGUGGUUAUGGAGAGCAGACAAACAAAUACGGGUCCCAUCAAGAUUCUCAUAACAAUAAAAUUCCUAUCCCUCAAAGUGGGUAUGACAAUCAAGCUCCUAGCACAAAUUCACAGAGCAACAAAUAUGGUAACAACCAAAGUUACGGCAAUCAAGCGUCAAACGCCUACGAUCAGCAAUAUGGCUCCCAUCAAGGUUCACAAAACAACCAAUAUAAUACCCAAGGUGGUUACAGUAAUCAAGUUAGUAAUUAUGGCGAAAGUCAAUACAAUUUGGACUAUAGCAAUUACCACGGAAGUCAUCUUGGUUAUGGAAUCCAUCAUCUAUAUGGUAUAAAACCUGGUAGUUAUGGAAGCGAACCAAAUGAUUAUAAGCCCCUUAUAACCAAUAAUGACCCAUACGACUAUCGAAAACCAAAUAGACAACAUAACGAUAAACCAAUAUAUGAUUUACAAGCACAUGGAUAUGGAGACCGUGAUAAAGAUUAUCAGAAACCGGAUUCUAUCCCCGGUUAUAAUAAAGAAAGACCGGAUUUAAAACCGGGUUAUGAACAUGGAAUAGCUAAACCUGCUCCUGGUUACAACGUGGGGCCAAGUGGAGAUAGAGUUACAUCACGACCAGUCGCUGUUGGACAAUACGGAAGAGAUCCAGGGAAGGAUAUUUCAUAUGAAGCGUGCUUCAGACGCGUGCUAGCCGGUAAGAGAGCUCUCCGUAGUCAUGUACGGAGAGUCGUGGACUGCGAGAGACUAGAGGACUGCAGGAGGGAAUGCGCCACGGAGAAAAGGUUUCAUUGUGAGAGUUUUAAUUAUAGAUUGGAUCCCAGUUUCCGUGGCAGAGGGUUAUGCGAGCUGAUGACGAAACCGAUUGAAGCGUUCGACAUCCGUCAAGAUUUUGUAGAAGAUAAAGACUACGACUUCUACGAACUAGACCGAAAUAGCCUUGAACCAUAUUGUCCUGAAACUCUUAGAGGACCAAGCCUCCUCCACUCAGGCUACCUUUCCUCGAAGCCGGCAAAAGUACCAGGGCAACAGAACCAGUGGAGAGACAGAAUGGAUUGGGCCGAAGGUUACAAAAGUUAUAAUAGGUUCUAUGACGAGAAAAGAAUUCAAAGCUAUAAUAGACGCUACGAAGAUCAAUUUUAUGUUCCGUACCAAAUUGGUAUAAGUAGAACUAAUGACGAUCAAGAGAAUUUUGGCCAGUACGGUGGUUAUUACGGAGGCUACGACAGCUACUAUAAAGAUAGAAACGAUUACCAUAAAUCAAUAAAUCAUUGGCGCCUGUCCGACGAAAAGAAACACAACGAAUACCAAGGCGUUCGACAUCACAAUGAAGACAAGGACUUCGAUUAUUACAGUCUCAGGAAAAAGAGCGGAUGGGAAGACUACGGCUAUGGAUAUGGAUCUUGGAAGAGAGGGAAGUGGAAUAAUUCUGGAAGCUUCUGGAAAGAUUUCGAUGGUUCUUUAAAUAACUAUCAUAAUAAAGCAACUUAUUUUGAACCAGAAGCAAGAAGUGACGAGUCAAGUAAAGAUUGUUCGUCCCGUCGCCGUCCAGGCAUGUCUCUGGGAUCUGGUGCUAUCAGACGAUCACUUCUGGCGCACACGGUGGUCGAGUGUGAGGCCGCAUGCUUCAACGAGAGAGAAUUCAAAUGUGUCUCAUACAGCUACAAAUAUUCCAGUUCUCCAGGAUCUGACAAUUGCUUCCUAAGCGAGCGUCCGUACCGAGGCUUGGAGAUGUCAGCAGACAGCGACUCUGAUGUUUACGCUAUGCCUUUACACCAAGACUGUCUCACCGUCAGUACGAAACCUUGGGUGGAAAGUGAAUGUUUCUGGCACGUAAGGUCUGGAUCAGCUGUGAAUGGUAAAGCGGUUAGAGCUGCUCUAACGGUCGCGGGGCUCGGUGCUUGUGAGGCCGAGUGUAUCCGAGCUCAUAGCUUCUUCUGCAGAGGAUUCAGUUUCAGAUUUGACGCACCGACGAUAGGAGAUGACCUUGAAAAUUGUCUCCUAACAUCCUCUCCCCCUACUUCCCUAGAUUUAGGUCACGGCUUGAGACCGAGCAAACAUGAGCUAUAUUCUAGAGGUAACUACGGAAGAGGAUGCGAACCAGCUCUUUAUGAUGAUGUGAAGCGGGAACCACAAUGCUAUCUGCAAUACGACAGCGCGGCGAAGCUGUCGGCGAGUGCGGUGCGAGGAACGGCGCGCGCGGCGGACGAGCGCGCGUGCGGGCGCGCGUGCACGGACGCGCCCUUCCGGUGCCUCAGCUUCUCCUACAGUAACAACGCAUUACCAGACGCUAAUAACUGCUUGCUAUCGGAGAUCCGUAUGUUCGAUCUGCAAAGAGGAGUCGACUAUAAGCAUUCACCUGACGAUCUUCUAUUUGCCUUUGAUCUGUUCAACGGCCAGUGCUGGAGGAAGGUGCACGGCAAGGAGGAGUACGACCUACCAACAUUAGAACUGCCUCAUCCGAUAGAAGCAUCUUACCCAGGAACAGCUUCUGGACCAGAUCUACCCCCACCAGAAACCUAUAUCUCAAGUUCUGGUCCAAGUGGACCUGGUUUUCCGGAACCACCAAAACCGUAUAUACCAGAAACUGGUCCAGAUUAUAAGCCAGUUUACGAGACAACUGGACCUACUAAACCAUAUUUACAUGAUACAUACAAACCAAGCUACUUACCAGAAAGCGGGCCAGAUGUGUCUGGUCCAAGUGGACCAAGUAUACCUAGUGGACCUAGCUUACCGAGUGGACCAAGUGGGCCUAGCGGACCUCCUAAACCUCAUUACGAUUUCAUCGAACCUGGCGUGAAACCAAGUUACUUAAGACCUUACAAACCAGAAAUAUAUAAGCCUUAUAAGCCAGAUUUUCCUGAUCGUAAGCCAAGUUAUCUCAAUGAUCCAAGUGGACCAAGUUACAAGCCUCCAUAUGGUGCAACAGGACAUACAUCAGGUCAAGACUUUGGAUACAGACCAGGAAGACCUUCAAGGCCUAGUAAUCAAGUUGAUGAAUCUUUAUCACUGUCGUGGCGUCACUAUACCGUAUCAGGGUUCCCCUGUAGGAAGGGAACUUCAUGCGAACAAAACCUCAUUGCGGGACACUGGGCUUGUGAGCCUGAAGCUGGUGAAAUUGGAUCGUGGGAUUACUGCUGUGCUCCGACACAUAGGUGUGGAUACAGCGAAGGAUUCCGUAAGCCAUGGUGCUAUGUAGGUCCAACCCAUGAUCAAUGGCGUCCGUGCAGUGAGAAAUACUAUCCCUACCACCAACAUAAGGGGCCACAUCCAUCACAGGGGCAAAGAGAAGCAGUACAUCCCCGACCAGACAGACCAAUUCAGCAAGAAGACAGAGAUAGAAUAUCCUCUAAGCCAAAUUACAACAAACCAGACAGAGACAGACAUCACGGCACAUAUCUACCAGAAGCAGAUAGAAGAUACUGGGACGAUCUAUACAGAAACGGACCGCAAGCGUAUUAUGACAAAUACGGGAAUCCAUUACCAGGCUACACCCGCGUACCAACAGAAGAUAGACCACACAUAAAGUACCAGCGAAAUCCACCACGUCCCGGUUCAGGUUACUGGGUCCCCGUUAAUUCGCCUGAUGAUGAACCGAACACUGGAGGACUUGGAGUACCGAGAUACUGGCCGGUAGCUUAUUUACACAAAGGUCCACCACCUAAUAUGACAUACUUUAGAUACAACGAAACAGCUCCCGAAAGACACAACGCACCACCAUCUCGUAAUCAAUCAGAUUUUAAACGUGUAAAUCUAGACAGACCUAUUAGCAAUGACUUAGAAAGUAGAAGCAUAGACAGCAGUCCUAGAUCGGAGAAACGUAUAAAUAUAACUAACGAAGAUGAAGAUAUAUUUGAUCUACCAAUUGAUAAAACAACAACAACUAUGAAACCGGAAGUUAAUGAAACUAUUCUUGAAACUGUAACGGAAGUAGAGGAGACAAUAAAUAAAACAGAACUAUAUAAUAAACCUGAAAAUGCUAACAUAGAAGAAGAGGACGACUAUAUAAAAGGAAUCGAUGGAAAAUUACACGAUUUCACCCAUUCAAUAGAAGUGUUCGAUAUAGACGACGUCAAAGGUGAUAAAAUAUCUGAUGUUAAAACUUUAGAAGCAGAAGAGAAACAAAUCGAAGCUAUUGGAAGGAUUAUCGCUUCUAGGCGCGGUGGAAAGCUCAUAAUAGAAAAGAGGUCGCAGAAAGAUCUGGAAUCAAAAAGCAUAGCGCUAGACAAGGAUUUCGUUGAUUUUGAUUUUGGAAAUCGAUUCCCUACUUCGGAGAGAAGAGGUUUUGUGAGAAAAGUUACAAAAGACGAUAUUGAAAAGGAUAAAUUUUUAAAUGACAAAAGUCUAGAAGUUAGUGAAACUACAUUCGUUAGACCUCCUAGAAUCCUGAGUACUACGGAAAGUGUACGAAAAACUGUUGUGAAUGGAAAGGUUUUUUAUGAUGCAACGAUAAAAGAUCAAAGAGAACUAUAUACAAACACAACACGACGUGGAAAAAGCCUACGAUUGGAAGAGAACAGGGCGCCUGUGAUACCAAAUGGUAACAACAAGAAGAAAAGCGUGAGAACACGUAACACUAAUCCGAUUAGACGAGUCCGAAGAGUUUACAGGAAGAAAUACAAUCCAGAGGAAGUGAGAAAGCGACUGUUAGAAAGAGAGAGAAAUAAAAAUGCCACAGAUAAUAUUAAAAGUUAAUUAAUUUUUCUAUUAAAAGCCUAAACAUGAC